CCAAAAUACCUGAGAAAAUGGCAGCUCUAGCUCGACUGUCAAGAAGAGCCCUGGCCACCGCCACCUCCGCCGGCCACCACCGUCUCCUCCCCCGCAGCUUCUCCACCGAUUCAGUGGCAGCAGCUACCUCAGCAUCACCCGCGACAAAAUCAAUCCCAAUUGUAGAAUCCCCGGAUCGGGUGAAAUGGGACUACAGAGGCCAGAGAAGAAUCAUCCCCUUAGGUCAGUGGCUCCCCAAGAUCGCCGUCGAUGCUUACGUGGCACCCAAUGUCGUCCUCGCUGGCCAGGUCACUGUUUACGACGGAGCUUCCGUCUGGAGUAGCGCGGUCUUGCGCGGUGAUCUUAAUAAGAUUACUGUAGGGUUUUGCUCCAAUGUGCAAGAGCGGUGUGUUAUUCACGCCGCCUGGAAUUCUCCUACAGGACUGCCAGCAGAGACAUCAAUUGAAAGGUUUGUUACUGUUGGUGCAUACAGUCUGUUGCGAUCCUGCACAAUUGAACCUGAAUGCAUUAUUGGGCAGCAUUCCAUCUUGAUGGAAGGUUCUUUGGUUGAGAGCCACUCCAUUCUCGAAGCUGGAUCUGUUGUUCCUCCUGGGAGGAGGAUACCAACCGGUGAGCUUUGGUCUGGGAAUCCUGCAAGGUUUGUCAGGAAAUUGACACAUGAGGAGACACUGGAGAUUCCUAAACUUGCUGUUGCAAUAAAUGAUCUUAGCAAAAGUCACUUUUCAGAGUUCCUACCUUAUUCAACAGUGUAUUUGGAAGUUGAGAAGAUGAAGAAGUCAUUGGGCAUUUCAAUUUGAAGUCUUUCAUUCUCCAUGUACUACUAAGUGUUGAUUUGCACCGCACGUUUAUACUUGAAAAAUAAGAAACUAUUAGACACUGUAAGGCAACCUUCAGAGACGUGCAAGCCUUUGAGUUCCCCAUUUUUGUGUUGUUAUUUUCAGGUACUGUGAGUGAUGUAAAAUGGUUGAGAUCAUUGGGGAUC